UGCUCUGCUUCGCGCCCUCCCUUUAGCGCGGCCGGGCCGGGCCGCCCCUCAGCCCUUACCUAACGCGGCCGGGAGCUUUAUGUAAGGGCAGAGGCGGGGCGGUCUGGCUGCGGGGGCGGCGGCGGCAGCAGCGCCAUGUCCUGGUACCGCAACACCGUGUGGUUCGUGAAGGGGCUGCGGGAGUACACGAGAGGUGGUUAUGAGUCUGCUUCCAAGCGCUUCAACCCGGCUGAUGUGGAGGUGGAUGUGGCUGGAAGAUCCUUCCUGGUCACUGGUGCAAACAGUGGCAUUGGCAAGGCCACGGCCAAGGAGAUAGCGAGGAGAGGUGGCACGGUUCAUCUGGUUUGCCGAAAUAAGGAACGGGCUGAAGUUGCCAAAGAGGAGAUAGUGACAGAAACGGGCAAUCAGAACAUCUUCUUGCAUAUUGUGGAUAUAUCUAAUCCCAAGGAAAUAUGGAAAUUUGCUGAAAAAUUCCAAAAUGAACAUAAAUUAAAUGUGUUGAUCAACAAUGCGGGAUGUAUGGUGAAUAACAGAGAGUUAACUGAAGAUGAACUUGAAAAAAACUUUGCAACAAACACUUUGGGUACAUACAUCAUGACAACUGCCCUGGUGCCCCUCCUGGAAAAAGCAACUGAUGCCAGAGUGAUCACUGUCUCUUCUGGGGGCAUGCUAGUUCAAAAAUUAAACGUGUCUGACUUGCAGUCAGAAAGUGGGCCAUUUGAUGGAACCAUGGUGUAUGCACAGAACAAGAGACAGCAAGUUGUCCUGACAGAACAGUGGGCAAAGGCUCACAGAAAUAUCCAUUUCUCCGUGAUGCACCCCGGCUGGGCAGACACUCCAGCUGUGAGGUCGUCCAUGCCCGAUUUCUACGAGAGGAUGAAGAACUCUCUGCGCACAGAGGCCCAGGGAGCCGACACCGUCCUGUGGUUGGCAGUGUCAGCUGAAGCAACAAAGCUGCCCAGUGGCUUGUUCUUCCAAGACAGGCAACCAGUCCCCACACACUUACCCCUAGCAUAUACCCACAGUCCACCAGAGGAUGAAGAGAAACUAAUGGAGGCGCUGGAAGAGUUCUCCCAGAAGUUUAAAUCUGUUUCUCCAGGAAUUUAGUGUCUCUGCUGACACAGUGUCACCACAAAUCUUCUAAUUACACAGUAAUCUGCAGUUGAGGGGAAGUAGGAUGCCAUAGGCCUGUUAAAAAUGAAUUAGGUUCAGGUGUUCUCAUAAUGAGACGGUAGAGUGGCACCUGUGUAAUUUUCCUCUGCUGCCAAGUCUCUCCCAUUGUGAAUAUGCAGCUGCUGCCUCAAUACACACUAAGGUUGUGUUCUUUGGAUUGGAAGAAAAAUUGAGAGACAUUAAAAUAAGCCCUGAGACUUUGUAAAGUUACCGAGAAUAAUUUAAAACGCUCAGCACAGAGAAAUGCAGAGGAGUGUUCUUUCAGUAGCCUUCGUGAAGGACUUCAGGAAAGAAGUGGGGAUGUUUUACACAACUUUUAACUGCUGUAUUUGACAGGUUGGUGGCUUCCUUCACUGCAUGAGGGUGAUUGGGCUCAAGCAUGUAACUGGGAAUGCAGAAACUCUCUUGCAGAGCCUGCUUAGUUUAAAGGGAAGGAUUCCUCAUGGCCUUUAGUUUCUAUAAAUUAGUGCUGGUAUGCAGAAGUGAUCUGCUUCCUCAUGUUUAAACAGCAAGAAUUUAGGAACGCUGCCAAAUGCCUUCCACAUUACUUUAUGGAGCCAGGGCUAAAUAUUAUCCCAUUUAUGUCAAAAUACCAUGAAGUAGGAGGUUUCAACACAACACACCCAGACAUGGCUGGAUCCAGCAGAGAAAUGGCUGCAUGACUGUAGGCACAAAAAGAAACAACAUGCUAAGGUGUAUCUGCUUGCCAUUUCUGUGAGAAAUUAAAAGGGGGAAUUGUUUUAUCUUUGUGAAUGGAUUAAGAGGGGAAGGGAGCACUGGUGUGGCACAGGUUUUAGAGGAGAAUCCACCUCCUGAUGCGAGGCUUGUAUUUUGUCUGGAUGUGUUUACUUCCAGACACAGAGGACAGAAUUCAUCCUGCCUGAUCUGCGGACAUUUGAAUUUCCCACCGAGUUUCUCACUGUAAAUCAGUAGAGGGGAAAAUGGGCUUUUUCACAGGGAUUUACUGGAUCUAGUUUAAGAAGCACCACCUACAGUGCUGCAUCUUUCUAAGAGUGCUGAAGACAAUCAGCUCAGACUAAGACUUUCUGUUGGGACUCAUUUUGUCUUAAUUAUUUCAGAUUUACUGCAAAGCCAAGACUAUUAUUAACAAAGGUAACACCUUUUCUUCUGAACUGAGUGUGUUUAUUAACCAACUGCCUCCAGAACCCAGCCAAGUUGCUGCACUGUUUCACAUGUGGCUCACACCAUUGUGGUAGGACCAAGGCCCUAAUCACAAAUACAACACAGAUGUUCUUGAGCUCUCUGCAGUGACUGGCAGCUAAAGACUGCUGAUGGACAGAGGAGAGCUCCUUCUGCCUGCUUUACGUAAUUUAGUUUCUUCCUGGCUGAUGGUGUUUCCUCAUUAUUCAAAGAUCUCCUAUUAAGUAUCAGUUUAAGAAAAAACCUGCUUUUUUCAGCCUAUUGUCAAUCUCCUUAGAUGUAAAGACUUUACUGUCAGAGAGGCUCUGAGAAAAAUUCUCCCAUGAUAAGCAGUGCUGAGACAAGUCAGGCUGUCACUGCUCCUCCUGAAGAGGCUGGGUCAGCAUUCAAGUUAUUUGCCUCAUUUAUAAACUUAACUCCUUCUUGCACUACAGUGAAAGAAAACAACAGCAAGGCUUGUACAGAGGUUUAUUUCCUGCAAAUCUGGUAUUAACAUUUUCUAUGGUUUCAGCUGUUAAAUACAGUUACCCAAAACAAGAGCAUUGCUGGAAGCAUAUAUACUAACUACAUUUCUUAACCCAAUAGCUGCAAGGCUAAUAAAAACAUUUGCAUUAUUUAGUAUUUACAUCAAUUUGCUUCUCAGCUGUGCAGUACAGAAGAAAAGUUUAAUGACUGGUAUUUAAAUAGUUCAUAAAAGUAAAAACUGUCCACUAUAUAUGUAUAUAUUUAACAUAUUUUAGUCCACAUUCUGCACUAGUGUAUUUGAAUAGCCUAUAUUUUUCAUUUUGUGUCACAGCUUAAAAAUGAAGGCGAAGUUAGAAAACUGCUUUAUUCAAAGUUUGGUCACAGUGUCAGAGUAACAUACUAUGGUUUAAGAGCACUUCUGAUUUAAAAAGAACUAAACCACAGGAACAGCAAGUAGAAACAAAGUCCAGAGUGUCACACACUUUGGUAUUAUGGUCCUGCUGAGGCUUUAUUUCAGCCCGAUUCCACGAGAGCAAACAUGGCAUGUGGCUGCAAGCCAGCGAGAGGAUCUGUCUAAUGCAAUCCAGAAUUACUUGCACCUUCAUGUAAGUGAAUACAUUUACAGACUCACAGAUUAUGCUGAGUCAGAAGGGCCCCACAAGGAUCACGGUAUCCAGCUCCUGGCUCUGUGCAAGACAUCCCAAGAGUCACACCAUGUGCCUGAGAGCACUGUCCAAAUGCUUCUUGAACUAUGGCAGGCUUAGUGCUGUGACCACUUCCCUGGGGAGCUGUUCCAGUGCCCAACCAAGGUCAAGAUCCUUUUCCUGGUAUCCAACCUAAACCUCCUGACACAGCCUCAGGCCAUUCCUUUGGGCCCUGUCACUGGUCACCCCAGAGAUCAGUGCCUGCCCCUCCUCUUCGCCUCACAAGGAAGUUGUAGACUGUGAUUAGGUCUCCCCUCAGUCUCCUCUUCCACUUUAAAACUUCAUGAACAAAAUAAAAACAGCAUCCAGUGACAGAUGACCAGAAGAUGAAGGUGGCACAGGUCCUUGUUAAGCAGUGCACACUGGGAGUUUGAGAGCACACCUGGGUCAUGGGAAUGGAAUGACAAGCACAGCAGCUGCUCUUGCCACCCUUCCCAGUCCAGGCACAGCCCAACACUUCUUGUGGCAGCUUUGAGGCUUUUAUGACUGACCUCACUCUGAUGGCUUCAUAUUUUUCUUCAUUUUGUGAAGUCACCUAGUUGGGAAGUUUUUGCUCUCAGGGAUCUUGCACCACAGAGCACAUGUGGAGUUGGUCAUUUCCCUACAUCCUAAUGGAAAGGCACAGCCCAUUAUCAGUGCAGCAGGACUGACUGCAGUGAUGUAGGGGCCACUGCAACUUCUCUUUUUGUCUUGGAUGAAAAUUUUAGGAGACCAAUGUAACAGGUAUCAAACAAUUUUGUAAACGACAUUUUGUCUUUAGUUUCGUUUCUGGGUCAUCUUUAUUCAUUGUUAAAAAAACCUCAAUAAACUAAAUCAACCUGCUGUUAAUUAAAGGUGUAAAAAAUU